UAAAAUGAAUAAUUAGAAUUAAGGAGAUAGUCCUAUGUCUCGUUUUGAUUUAUGUAUUUUGUUUGAUUAAUAUUUAGUUAUAUAAUCAUUCAAAUAGUGGAUGUUAACAAUUAUUAGUGAAGCUUCAAUUGGUCUUUAUUAAAUUUAAUGUCAUUUGAAAGAUUCGAUUAUGCAUUUUCGAAAAUUUAAGGAAGAUGAAGAGAAGUAGGUAAAGAUUCCCUAUUUUUGAAAUAAUAAUAUAUAAUUACGAUAAGUAAUUCCCAAGUAACUCCUAAAGCUACUAAACUAAUACCAAUCCAUUGUAUUGUAUUAACAUUAUGAUUAUGAAUAAUAAUAGAUAAGAGAACAGUGAAAAACUUUCUAGUUGAAGUUAUAACACUUAAAACUCUAGGAGAGAAACAACUAAAUAAUAAUUAUUUUUAUUAUUAUACCUUAGAC